CGUGUCUCGGCCAUUUUCCAAAGAAAACUCCCCGAAAAAUGUAACAACCCAGGCAUGUUCACUAUCCAAAGAAAACUCCCCGAAAAAUGUAACAACCCAGGCAUGUAACAACCCAGGCAUGACCGGGGAAGCUAAAUUUAGCUCCUCCCAACUGUAUAUUAGUCAUGUCCAGCAUCUCGUCCUCCGCUUAUUCUUGAAAUUCCUUGUCAAUUGCUUGCUUGGAUGUCCCAACAACCAUCACACUAGGAUGGGGGAUGUAUGCUUGAUGUCUGUAGCCCUAUUCCGUGUUCACGUGAACUUCAAUCUGUGCAAUCUUAUGUGGGCACAUCUGAAAAAGGAAAGCGCAGCCAAGGGUGUUAUUGUUGUGGGUGGGGUAAUUAUGCACUUAGCCACCAAGUUCGGGUAUACGGACAACUCUCUUAUACCCGACUAUUGUUUGAUGAACAUUUCUUGGUUAGGCCAUUCGGGUUGUACAGCCUUUUCCCAUACAGUUUAUGGUGGUGAAUGACCAAAAAAUAUGUAUAACUGGCUCAUACACCCCAAGGCUCUCAAGUACUUCCUCCUACACAACCAAGAACUUCCCAAACUGCACUACAGAGAAGCGGUAGAGGAACCCCAUUACCUAUUCCCACAUGCCCUUCCACCACAUCUCCAAGAACCGGAACAAGAGCCUCCCCAAUACCAAUCCGAAUACGAGCCGUUUGCCCAACCCCAUGGCCAUGUAGACAUGGACAUCCCAGAGCAGCACCAAGACCCCCCUCCACACAACUAUUUCCAACAAAUCUUGGAGGGGCAACAACAAAUACUAGCAGGGUACAAUCAAAUGAACACCAACUACAUAAACAUGGGAGAACGGCUCGACCAGGUACGGGAGGAGCAACGAGCAGGAUUUCAACGGAUGGAGGAGCUACGGGAAGCCGAUAGGCAUCGCUAUGAAGAAGAUCAACGUAGGUUCUACGGACCUAUGUACUCUUACAUGGCACAACAGGGAUCUUUUCAGACCAUGGCGAACCCCCCUCCACCACCCUCAUGGUAUGACCCCACUCAUUGGGGUAACUUUAGAGGAUCUAGCUCCGGGGGUGGAGCGUACGAUGGCGGAGAUGGUGGGGACACAUUCAUGGGAGAUGGCGGGCAGAGGAGCGGCUUCAGAGGCAGCUACUACGGCAGAGAAGGCGGGCACUAGGGACAGUGCUUGGUUCAAGUGUGGGGGAGAGACUCAUCUUGGCACUCAUUGUAUCUCUUUGAAGAAUAAGAAGAUUCAGAAAACAAAAAAGAAGAAGAAGAGAGGAGGAGGAGAGAAGAUGAACACUAGAAGGUCGUAAAACCCAAGAUGUUCUUUGUAAUUUGAGCUUAAAACUCAUUUUGUUAUCCUUGGUGGUCUUUGUGUUUUUAUGUUGUUUAAACUGUGGAAACUUUGGAAGACUUGACACUUGUGAACAUUUGAUUUUACUCGAGGAUGAGUAAAGAAACUAAGUGUGGGGGAGUUGAUACAUUUGUAAUUUCCAUAUGUAUGUUUGUGUUUUUAAUUAGUUUUGCUUGAUAUUUACUUUGGAAAUUACACACUUUUGGUGUAAUAGUUUAGUUUGUUAAAUUCUUGUAAAUAGUUUAGAUUAGGUAUAUUCUGAG